AUGGACGUUCGCUUGAAGUCGAUGUCGCCGCUGCUUCUGUUCUUCAUCACUUCAACGCAUAAAAUGGUUUUCUCUCAGUCUGUGUUCGGUAUAAGACCGAACAGCGUACUGGUUAUAGAGAACGCCACCUCAGUGACGUUGACGUGUUCACUUAGGAAGAGGGGUGUCAUCGCAUGGAUCUAUGAUUACUCAACCAUCCUUUUUAAAACUACCCGAGAAAAAUUUCCCGGGGCUAGUUCACAUUUGACCGUUUCUGAACGAAACCAAAAUUCUUUGCGUAUUGAAGACCUUUAUAUAGAGAGGAUUACUAAACAGAAAACAGGUACUUACACUUGCAAAGAAACUGCCAGCAGUGAAGAAACAAAUGCCAAAGUGUUCACUGUUACUCCACCACGCUGUGAAAUGAAGUCUUCGUCUCAAGUUGAUUGUAUAGCGUCUUAUUCGCACGGUGUUAUUGCUUCGUAUAGUUUUGAAUGCGGCGGUAAAGCACGAGAAGCUGUGUCCAAGGUAACUAGCGAAACACACAGUAAUUUUAUAAAUGGGACAACGAGGCGCAACAAACACGAGCUUCUUUUGCCCAUCGAGAAUACAAACUCAUCUUCGUGCGUUCUCAAUUUUACGACCUCCUUGAGUGACAAUACAAUCGUCUUCAUAAUAAAGUCUAUCGAUCUAAUUCAAUUCAAUGUUUCAGAUCAUUCAUCUGUUAAAAUCGGUGACUGUGUUGAAUGCCUAAUAGGCAUGUUAAAAGAUACAGCAGAGUUCAAAAUGACAGUUCGUGUAAAAGAUGUUGAAACAAAAUCAUCCACUUCACAUGUGAUCUGCUUGAGCGAUAUCGCAGAAGUUGAUGUACAGUGCGAAGCAAAAAACAUAUUUAGUCCGGUGCCGCUGACAGAUCACGGCGUGGAAAGGUGUUAUGAAAAAUACCUACAAUUUCUUAAUGGCUCAGCAAAAGUGGGAGACCAAGAUUUAGAAGAAAUAUGCCAGAAUAGAGAAAGAAUGAAUGAUUGUGUAGGUCAUUUAAUGCCAUGUUUACAACAUCCUAUGAUUUUUGAAUUUAAUCGAUCAUUGGAGCUACUGUGUAACAAUCGGACUGAAGCAGUUCAUUAUUUAAAUUUCCCAAAAAAUCCCAAGUGUGUCGAAAACUUUUAUUAUUUAACACCGUUAGAUUUAAUUUAUGUCGAUAACGUAUCGUCCGCCAAAAAAGAUGAAACUUUUAGCUUGGUAUUGGAUUAUUUUUCAACGCACGUUGAAGAGAUCUGUCUUCAAAACAAUAUGUCGUUAUAUUCUUCAAACAAUUUUUCGCAUUGGUUGAGCAGCUUUUCUCAACAUUUUGCCCCAGCACCGACGUGGUACAUGUCCUUUUAUAACGAGAGCAUCGAAAAAAUUAUUCCACUCAAGAAUUGCUCCGAUGAAAGAAUUGAUUCAUCUGUACGAAAGAAAUGCUCUCUCGUUGAGAUGUGCAUGAAAAUACUUUUGAAAACAUUGAAAGAUGUAUAUUAUAAUAUUCUUGUUGUUGAAAAUAAACAAGAAUUUGUUAACGAAACAUGUGGAACUAUGUAUAACAACCGAUCAUUAUGCUUACAACUUUUCAAUGAUGACGGAAACAAAUUUAUGAAGUAUCAAAAGAUUGCUUACCGCUUGUUGCGAGACUGUAGAUUUGACCACCCACUUGAUGAAAGCUUACAAGCCUCCUUGAGAAAGCUUACAAUUUUAUCUGAUAAAAAUAUGCUGGAGAUAGUUUGCGACCGAUUUUGGGAAGAAUAUGUUGAAAACUUGGAAUGCUUGAAGGGAGAAAAAUUUGAAAGUAGAUUUCAAAACGUCGGUAAAUGCUCAGAGACGUACUUCAACAGCAUUCGUAACAUUACGAAUGCUUUUGAUGUAGAUGAUUCACUAACAGACAAAUUUAACGCAUCACCUGCAGAAUUUUUUACUGAUAUGAUUACAAAAAGAAAUUCAUCAUCUGUCUAUUUCAAUCAUGCAGACCAAAUGAAUACUUCCAUAUCGGGAUUAAACUUGACAGCUAGCGGUAGGGAUUUGUAUGAAUACAAUGAGAAUUUAAAUUUGAGCAAAAAAGAGAACAAAAUUAAACAAAAUGAAAGUUUGUCAGGUUUAAAUAAAGAAAAAACUGGCAAUGAACUCAAUAGUUUAAAAAAAUUGGAUAAUCUCAAUGUUACUAACAUUUCUCUUGCAAGCCAAACUAAAUUAUGCAGCUACGCGGUAGAAUUUUUGAACUGUAUAGAAAAAAGUUUGACAAAAUUAUGUGGAGUAGAAAUUGGGAAAAUGCAAAGGUUAAUUUCAAGAUUGAUCAUCGCAGACGAUUUCAAAGAUUUUUUUUGCGUUUCUGUUUUUAACUAUUUUAUAUGA